AUGGCGCCCGUCUCAAUGCCUUCAGCCCUCACCUUUGAGCUGCUGGGAAAGUGCUCGGUCACCAAAGCACGCGCGGCAACGCUGCAUCUGCCUCAUGGCCCUGUACCCCUCCCCAUCUUCAUGCCCGUUGCGACGCAGGCUUCGCUCAAAGGCCUCACGCCCGACCAACUCGAAGACCAGGGCUGCCGGCUAUGUCUAAACAACACAUAUCACCUAGGCCUUAAGCCAGGACAACCGACACUCGAUGCCAUAGGCGGCGCGCAUAAGCUCCAGUCCUGGCCACACAAUAUCCUCACAGAUAGUGGUGGUUUCCAGAUGGUAUCGCUCCUCAAACUCGCCAAAGUCACCGAAGAAGGUGUCCGUUUCCUGAGCCCCCACGAUGGGUCGCCCAUGCUGCUCACACCCGAACACUCCAUCUCCCUCCAGAACUCAAUCGGCUCCGACAUCAUCAUGCAACUCGACGAUGUUAUCGCGACCACCUCGCCUGAUCACGCGCGCAUGAAGGAGGCUAUGGAACGCUCGGUACGCUGGCUUGACCGCUGCAUACAAGCGCAUAAGUACCCAGACCGACAGAACCUUUUCUGUAUCAUACAAGGUGGCCUGGACCUGGACAUGCGGAAAGAAUGUACCGCCGAGAUGGUUGCGCGAGAUACACCAGGCAUCGCGAUAGGAGGCCUUUCUGGCGGCGAGGAGAAGGCGGCCUAUUGUGAAGUCGUGAAGACAUGUACCGACCUGCUUCCUGAGAAGAAGCCGCGAUACGUUAUGGGCGUCGGAUAUCCAGAAGAUCUGGUCGUCUCCGUCGCACUCGGCGCUGACAUGUUUGACUGUGUCUGGCCGACACGAACCGCGCGAUUCGGCAACGCCAUCACAUCCCGCGGUUCCCUCAACCUACGCAAUGCCAUGUACUCCGAAGACUUCAGCCCUAUCGAAGAAGGAUGCCGAUGCACUUGCUGCCGUCCGACAUCGGAUGGCGGAUUGGGUAUCACUCGAGCCUACAUAUACCACGUCACAGCGAAAGAGACUGCUGGUGCCCACCUUCUCACCAUGCACAACGUCUACUACCAAUUAAACUUGAUGAGGGAAGCGAGAGAGGCCAUCAUGCAGGAUCGAUACCCACAGUUUGUCAAGGACUUCUUUGGCGAUCUGUACAACAGGGAAAAGGAUAAGUAUCCUGUAUGGGCGGUCGAUGCGCUGAAAAGUGUUGGUGUAGAUCUGCUUGCCGAGUAG